CAUCUCUACCAGGGCUGUCAUAGCAAGCCACCUAUGGGAGCAGCUGUCCAUGUCAGAAGCUGAUUGAAGAGUAUUUUCAGCCAGGGAUUAUUAUGCCAUGGAGAACCUGGUGUCUGAGGGACCGACCUUCCAUCCUCACCAGAGUCAAGCCUCUACCUGCUGCCGGUUCUCUGUGAAGAUCCUGGAAGCGAGGAACUUGUCCAAGACUGACCUAUUAAGUGAAGCUGAUCCCUAUGUGGUCCUACAGCUGCCAACAGCAUCAAGUACCACAUUUAAGACCAAAAUUAUCUCCAAUUCAAAUCAUCCCAUUUGGAAUGAGACCUUCAACUUCCAGAUUCAGAGGCAAGUCAAGAAUAUUCUGGAGCUGAAAAUCUAUGAUGCAGAUUUAGUCACAGAAGAUGAUAUCCUCUUCACUGUCUUUUUUGAUACCAUUGAAGUCAACCCUGGCAAGCCUAUCCGAAAGACUUUCACUCUGAAUCCGCAGGGACAGGAAGAGCUGGAUGUGGAGUUCCAGGUAGAGGAAAUAUCCAAUUCUCCAGAAAACCUCAUCACCAACAAUGUUCUCGUGGCUCGGGAGCUAUCCUGCCUGACUGUGCAGGUGGACAAGAUGGGGAGCACUGCAAAGGUCACAGAGGAGGAUAAGCUGGAACUGUCAGUGAAGGGAUCCUAUGAAGAUACACAGAUCUCUGCUCUGGGCUCUGACAUGCCUGACUCCUUCCUUUUCCACUAUAUAACUACUCAAGAGACAGAGAUGAAAGGUUGCCUGAAGAACCUUGCAACUGAAGGGAGCAAUGGUGUCCCUGAUGAGAACCUCAUUGUGCCCCUGAAGUCCCUUCCUAUGGAAGAGGAGGUGGCAGUCAACGUUCCUGCCCCAGAUGCCACAGCACUGAGGUUGAAGCUCAGGGCCAAUUCUUGCAGCUCUGAGAAGCUGGCUGUUCGCCUGGGCUUUGGGCUGUGUGAUGAGGAACAAGCAUUCCUGAAGAAGAGGAAACAGGUGGUAGCCAAGGCCCUGAAACGGGUUCUGCAGUUGGAGCAUGAGCUGAAGGAAGAUGAGGUUCCAGUCAUUGGGAUCAUGGCCAUUGGUGGAGGAGCUCGGGCAAUGACAUCUCUGUAUGGCCAUCUCUCUGCCCUCAAGCAACUGGAUCUCCUGGACUGUGUAACCUACAUAAGUGGAACUUCAGGAUCUACUUGGACUUUAGCUAGCUUGUAUGGAAAUCCUGACUGGUCACAGCAAGACCUAGAGAAGCCCAUCCUCCAUGCCCGAGAGAACAUGACUAAGAGCAAGCUGGGUGCCUUCUCUCCAGGGAGCAUGAAAGGGUUCCAUCAGGAGCUAAGGCGGCGGGCUGAGGAGGGCCAUUCUCCUUCCUUUGUCGAUCUGUGGGCCCUCGUUCUGGAGUUCUUGUUACAUGGCAAGGUAACUGAACACAAGUUGUCAGAGCAGAGGGCCUCACUGGAGCAGGGCCAGAAUCCACUUCCGCUAUAUCUUGGUCUAAAUGUCAAAGAGAACAAUUUGGGGACUUUAGAUUUCAAAGAAUGGGUGGAGUUCUCCCCUUAUGAGAUUGGUUUCCUGAAAUAUGGGGCUUUCAUCCCUUCUGAGCUCUUUGGUUCUGAAUUCUUCAUGGGACGAUUGAUAAAGAAGCUCCCAGAGUCCAGGAUCUGCUUCCUAGAAGGCAUAUGGAGUAACAUUUUCUCUGUGAAUUUGAUGGAUGCCUGGUAUGACCUUACCAGCUCGGAAGAAACCUGGAAGCAGCAUAUCCGGGAUAAGACCAGAAACAUUGAAAAGGAACCACCUGGCUCUCGGAGGACUUCCUGGAUUGAGAUGUCAUGGCUGUCACCUAGAACUGCUCUCACCCAGGCUCUUCAGGGCCUCUUGACUGGGCGGCCUCUUCAUCACCAAUGUCAUAAUUUCCUGAGGGGCCUUCAUCUGCACCAGUACUACUCUGGCCAGAGAAACUUCUGCACCUGGGGUGACUGCCACCUAGAUGCUGACCCCAGCCAGCUGACCCCUCUGCAACCCCAGCUCUGCCUGGUAGAUGCUGCCUACUUCAUCAACACAAGCUGUCCGCUCUUAUUGCGGGCAGGUCGGAGCCCAGACCUCAUCCUCUCAUUUGGCUAUUCCCUCAACUCUCCCUUUGAGACGCUGGAGCAGAUGGAGAUCUAUUGCCGAGGGCAGGGCAUCCCUUUCCCUAGGGUGGAGUUGAGCCCGGAGGAACGCCUGCAGCCUAAGGAGUGCCACAUCUUCUCUGACCCUGACUGCCCCGAAGCCCCCACGGUGCUGUAUUUCCCCUUGGUCAACCUUUCCUUCCGAGAGUACUCGGCCCCCGGUGUCAAGCGCAGCCCGGAGGAGCUUGCAGGAGGCCAAGUCGACCUCACAAGCUUCCUGUCUCCCUAUUCCCUGGCCAACAUGACUUACAGUGGGGAUGAUUUUGACCGGCUGCUUCACCUCAAUGCUUACAAUGUUCAGAACAACCAUGGGGAGAUCCUAAGGGCCCUGAAGGCUUCUCUGACGCAUCACAGACAGCGCCGCCCCUGACGGGGACAUUCCCAGGGUUCAGAAAGCACCCAAGGCUUUCAGACUCCAUCUCAUUCCCUCAAAUUCCAAUAGGCUGGAUCCUCCAUCUCGCCUUGCCAGGAGGCUCCUAUGUCCAGGGAGUCGUCAGCUCUGCAGCUGGUCCGUUGAACAGAAAGACAUCUCUACCUGGAUCCAAACCAGUCUUUCUUGGCCAGACCUGGCAUGGGAGGCAGCUAACAAAAAUAUAGUUUGUUGUCCUCAGGUUUCCAUCUGGUCAUUUCCAUCCAUGUGCGGAAUGAAUUUUAUAUAUAAACAGACAGAAGCUGGACCUGGUAUGAAUGUGGGGACUAUAAGAUUGGAGUAUUGGUUGGAGAAGACUUAUAACUAGGGCAAGGAGAUCGGCGCUUUGCUCCAGGGCAACAAAUUUAAAAGGUGCUAAAUAUAGAGGCUCUCCACAGCUGUGUGAAAACUAGAGUUUAAGAACGACUUACACUCAUUAAUUAAAAUAGGAAGCUACCAGGAGGUAUACUACUAGGAACUCUUCUUCCUUUCCUACCUUUGCCCUUUUUCUCUCCACAGUGGAAUAAUAUAUUGGCUCUUUGGUCAUUUAUGAGUACAUUUUGUUCUUCUUGUCCAUAGGGUAUAUUUUGUGAUUAUUCAUUGUUCAUACUAGCCCCAGCUGCAAAAAUUCCUCAUUAUGGCUCUAAGUCAGAGACACUGGUUGGACAGGCACCAGGGCUUCCCUGAAGAGCCUAUUAAUCAAUCAAAUAAAAAGCAUUUGUUAAUCAUCUACUAUGUGCUAGUUUUAGGGAUAGCUGGCAAUAUAAGCGUAAGGAAUAAAACAAUCCUAAUGAAUCCUUACAUUUUAAUAGGGGAGAGACAAAUACAUAGAGAAAAGAAGCAUAUUUCAAUUUAACACAAAGAAAAACUUCUUAAUUAUUGUGGCCAAGCAAGUAACAAGCA